AUGGGACGUAGAACCAAAUUUUGUGAAUUUUUUUUUCCACUCAAUCCAGAAAUAAGAUCGGACUUUAUUUUGGUUCGUCUCCAUUUUAGUGAAACUCUUCCUCAAGCAAGGCAGCCGAUAAGUCAUCAAAGGGUCUGUGUGAAUAAAAAAAUAGUCUCCAUUACUCAUUUUAAAGUGUCCCACGGUGAUCUAAUAUCUUUUCAAGAAAAUGACGCGAGAAUCUGUGGUGAAGAAAUAAAGAGAUCUUUCUAUAUCGAUAUCUCAGUUGAAAAAAUCAUAAGCAAGUUUCUGGAUUACCCGGUAAGAAGGUGGAGAAGAACUAAAACAGAAUGGUUCCACCUACUCAAAACUAAGAGAGGAUGCCACCAAAUACUAAAAUCCCAGUUUUUGCAAUAGUUGCGUUUUUCUAUGCAAAAAUCAGACUUAGAAAGAAGAAAGAAGUUUGGAUCGGAAAAAGUAUGCUUAGAUAGUUCCUUCGCUGAGAAUAACAUAAUGAAGAGAAAUUUGUAGUAUCAUUUUCAAUCCCUAUUCUUAUUGAAUAGAAGGAAGAAAAAAAAUCGAAAUCUUCCUACUCGAAGAAUCAGUCUUAUAGUUUACAACUCCUUUAUACAGUAA